AUGUCUGCAACUCUCACAUUAACUGCCUUGAAAGAUGGUCGUCCACCCCCAUUUGCUUCUUAUUCAGACUACAGUCACCUUCAAGACGCCUCUUCAGGACAAGUUUUGACAUCACGAUCGUUGAUGAGAGAGACGGAUUCUGGGACCGUUACAAGCAUCGACUCAACGAGUCAGACAUUGAUAUACCAGGGCUCAGAAGGCACCUCAAAGCCUCUUGACUACGACUACAUUAUCAUAUCCUCAGGUCUUCGGCGCCCAUGGCCUGUUGUUCCGAGGUGCAAAAGAUUCACCUCAUACCUUUCAGAUGCUUCAGCAUUUACCAAGAAGAUUGUUGGCACCAAAAAGCUCGGCGUAGUGGUUGUCGGAGGAGCUAAUCGUCCUGGAAUCAAAGGCGCCGUGGGUGUUGAGUUUGCCGGAAAGAUCAGAACACACUACCCCGGCACUGCGGUUACUUUGGUCCAUUCGCGGGAUCAGUUGCUCUCCAAUGAGCCGCUACCGAUAGAAUUCAAGACAAGAACACUGAAGCUGCUCCAGGAACAAGGAAUUAAAGUUUUACUCAACCAUCGUGCUGAUGUUGAAGAAUUGCCAGAUGGGACAUCCUACGUCAAAUUACAUGAUGGAAAUCGGUUACAUACUGCCAUGGUUAUCAUGGCAACAGCAUCCUCCAACCCUUUUUCGCAAUUCCUGCCACCUUCCUCUAUCAUCAACGGAACAAUCAAUAUUGAUGCACAUCUUCGAAUUAGUUCAAAAGACGGUCCCAUUCCACGAAUGUUUGCAGCUGGGGAUGUUGUUAAUCUUCCUGGAGUCAAGCUGAGAGGGACCGCAGUGGUGAUGGAAAGUGUAGCGGCGGCUGAUAUCUACUCCUCACUGGUGGCUUAA